CCGACUCCGAGUCCAGUUUUAAACACCACGACUUCACCUUUAACUCUUCAAAGGCUUUCUUUUUUUAAACAUUCAAGGAGAAGUGUUCUGCCAGGGUCAUCGUUAUUGAAAAUUGCAGCUGAAUGAUUCUGGAUGUUUUCUCCUGGGAGAGAGAUGGAGAAUAGCUCUCACUUGCUGUCGCCCUCGUCACCAUGUACUUCUACUUUUGGAGGGUCCCUGCUUUUCUCGUCCUCACCGCAGCAGACCGGCUGCUCUAAUGGUCGUCUUUCCCUCCCACUUUCACCGAUUUCUUUCCCCCCGUCCCCUUCCUCACUUUCUCCAGCAACAGCAGAGUCUUUCCACUCUUUCUCGCCUCUUUCACACUGCACAGCGUCUCAGGGCCUUGAAGGACAAAACAUACAGUGCUUCAGCACAGCGACUGUCCCUGACCAGGACGACCUGACCUGCCUCAACUGGCUGCAUCAGAGGGGCAACCUGCUCCCACUGCAGCCCCUUCCCAAAAUCACAACGCUGCCUCAGCUUGAGUCCUUCACACCUACCCAACCUCUUUCUCCUGCCAUGUCCAAACCACCAUACUCCUUCAGUAGUCUGAUUUUCAUGGCGAUAGAAGACUCACUUGACAAGAGGCUUCCAGUUAAGGACAUUUACGAUUGGAUAGUGAACAAUUUCCCCUACUACAGGACGGCCACCGGAGGCUGGAGGAACUCUGUCAGACACAACCUGUCGCUGAGCAAGAGCUUCCGUCGCAUUCAGAGGGACAAGAGCCAGUCAGUGGGGAAGGGGUCGCUGUGGUGUGUGUGUCCAGAGUACCGGCCGGCGCUCCUCGAGGUGCUGAGGAAGACCCACAGUUAUCACAGCACCAACAUCAAUCUGUUAAACAAGCCUGCAUUGCUGGAGGGAGCAGAGUUUGGGGUUCCUGCAGUGUGCGACUCUAUGGAAAUGUCAGAUCCUCUCUCUCACGCCCUUCUCCUCUCCUCGCCAUCAACCCAAAUCAUGGCCGCUGAUAACACACCUUUCUCUGAAAACCCACCGUGCCCUUUGACCCCGGAUCACGAGGAGCUCGUCACCAUGGAGUCGGUUGAAUACCAUCAGCAGGGCGAUGUCAGCGAGGACAUGGAGAAGGACCCCCUGUCAGACAGCGGUUACAUCGAGUUACAUUACUACGAGUCUCACCAGUACCAGUACCUGGUGCUGCCCGGCGACACAGAGCUGGACCUGGAGACCGUGGAGAUCCUCCAGCUGGACGCAGAGGCCCAGGAGGCUGCUGGGUCGCUGCUGGACCUGGCAGGCGGGGUUUAUUAA